AAACAGAAAAAACUAUUGAUUUAUAGCCAACUCAAUGUGCUCUAUAAUCUGAGUAGGUCAAAAACAAAAUUUAGUUUAAAUUAGUUUUCUGGAGAUCUGGUUUUCUAGAAAACCACCCUAUAAAGACCUAAGGGCAUUUCUCGUGCCCAUAUUCGGAAUCAGCAUAGUCGAUAACCUAGAACCCAGUAGGUUUUAUUAAAAAAGCGAUUGGACAGUUGGCGAUGUUCCCUCGUAAGUACUUUCGUAUUGUAAACAUCUUUUUAUAAUCUACAUGCUAUUUACAAUAGAGAGAUUUUAAUAAUAGCAUUCAUGAAUUAAUUAUUUAAUUCAUAGUAAAAGAAAACAUAUUCUAAACGUUAAAUAUAAUAAAUUUUCUAUCGAUAACUAAAAGUUUUUUUUUAAUAUGAAUAUUUUAGCCUCAUCAAAAAGAAUAUCAUCAACAAACUCCUCGUCGACGUUCAACAAUUCAUCCAAUGAAAUUAACAACUAAACAAUUCGAAGAAAAAUCAUAUCAUAUAGAUGGUAUAAUCGAAAAAAUUUAUUGUCGUUUUCAUCAUCCAAAUUUAAUUCCAAAUGAAACAAAAUUUUCACCAAAUCAUUUUCUUCAACAAUCUCCUAUCGAUUCUAAUAAUAGUCGUACUAGUAAGCGUUUACGAAAUAAAAAUUCAUCAUCAUCAUCAAUAAAAAGCAAUAAAAAACGUCGUACACGAUCUAUAUCAUCAAAUGAUAAUAUAACUGAAUGUAUAUUAGAUAAUAUUCAAUAUAUUGUAUCAUCAUUAAUUGAUGAAUUAAUCGAAUCUAUAUCAUCUCAUAUGAUCUAG